GGUCCAGGCCUCAGUUUCCCCAGCUGUAGGCGAGCGGCCGCGGACUGUGCGGGGCCCGGGCCUCAGCCUCCCCGUCUCCGCAGGCCAGCUUCGCUGUUCCAGGACGAACAAUGGACGAUCCGGGAUGACCCCAGAUCAUGUCGUGCCCGCAGUCUCCGUGGCCACUGUGGAAACAGCCCUUGCGUGUCAGGAACGCGACGCGGCUUUCCCCUGCGCAAGCGAUCGCCUAGAUGCGAGCGCUUAGCUUGAAUCGGGCUUUUUGGCCACGUGCCCACAAGCAAUAUGGAGCCCUGCGGGUUUCCUGCCCGAUUCCAAGAUGGCGACGCGACUCCCUUUGCCCUCAAGGUCCAGGAGGGCGGCUCCUGCCCACUUGCAAUAUGGCGGCAGCCUGGGCCAAGCACGCUUCCCGCCGCCUGACUCGCCACGUACCCACUCUCAAGAUGGCGUCUCCCGCAAAGCCACGCGCCAGACGACAGCUCGCUGAGUGGCUCAGACGCCGUCACGUGCUCCCACCUCCUCCGCGUUCCCCCGACUCUACAGGCCGUUUCCGCCUUCAGCCUUGACGAAUGAUCACCUCCACCAAUAGGCGCCUGCGAUUUCCCUGGGUCCCGCCCCCGAGCGGCCUUCUGGCCAUUCGGAGACGCUGGCGGGGGCUCGCGGGGCUCUCCCCGCCCCUGGGCUGCGGCGGGAGCCAAUGGGCAGCGCGCGCGGGGGACGUGUGCGGGCGUCUCCGCCAUUUUGUGAGUCUAUAACUCGGAGCCGUUGGGUCGGUUCCUGCUAUUCCGGCGCCUCCACUCCGUCCCCCGCGGGUCUGCUCUGUGUGCCAUGGACGGCAUUGUCCCAGAUAUAGCAGUUGGUACAAAGCGGGGAUCUGACGAGCUUUUCUCUACUUGUGUCACCAACGGACCGUUUAUCAUGAGCAGCAACUCAGCGUCUGCAGCAAAUGGAAAUGAUAGCAAGAAGUUCAAAGGCGACAGCAGAAGUGCCGGCGUCCCCUCCAGAGUGAUCCACAUUCGGAAGCUCCCCAUCGAUGUCACUGAAGGGGAGGUCAUUUCCCUGGGGCUGCCCUUUGGGAAGGUCACUAAUCUCCUGAUGUUGAAGGGGAAAAACCAGGCCUUCAUCGAGAUGAACACGGAGGAGGCUGCCAACACCAUGGUAAACUACUACACCUCCGUGACGCCCGUGCUGCGCGGCCAGCCCAUCUACAUCCAGUUCUCCAACCACAAGGAGCUGAAGACCGACAGCUCUCCCAACCAGGCGCGCGCCCAGGCGGCCCUGCAGGCUGUGAACUCGGUCCAGUCGGGGAACCUGGCCUUGGCUGCGUCGGCGGCGGCCGUGGAUGCGGGGAUGGUGAUGGCCGGGCAGAGCCCCGUGCUGAGGAUCAUCGUGGAGAACCUCUUCUACCCGGUGACCCUGGACGUGCUGCACCAGAUUUUCUCUAAGUUCGGCACGGUGUUGAAGAUCAUCACCUUCACCAAGAACAACCAGUUCCAGGCCCUGCUGCAGUACGCGGACCCUGUGAGCGCCCAGCACGCCAAGCUGUCUCUGGACGGGCAGAACAUCUACAACGCCUGCUGCACGCUGCGCAUCGACUUCUCCAAGCUCACCAGCCUCAAUGUCAAGUACAACAACGACAAGAGCCGGGACUACACACGCCCAGACCUGCCCUCCGGGGACAGCCAGCCCUCGCUGGACCAGACCAUGGCCGCGGCCUUCGGUGCACCUGGUAUAAUCUCAGCCUCUCCGUAUGCAGGAGCUGGUUUCCCUCCCACCUUUGCCAUUCCUCAAGCUGCAGGCCUGUCUGUUCCCAACGUCCACGGAGCCCUGGCCCCCCUGGCCAUCCCCUCGGCGGCGGCGGCGGCUGCGGCGGCGGGCCGGAUCGCCAUUCCGGGCCUGGCUGGGGCAGGAAAUUCCGUGUUGCUGGUCAGCAACCUCAACCCAGAGAGAGUCACACCCCAAAGCCUCUUUAUUCUUUUCGGCGUCUACGGCGACGUGCAGCGCGUAAAGAUCCUGUUCAAUAAGAAGGAGAAUGCCCUCGUGCAGAUGGCGGACGGCAACCAGGCCCAGCUGGCCAUGAGCCACCUGAACGGGCACAAGCUGCACGGGAAGCCCAUCCGCAUCACGCUCUCAAAGCAUCAGAACGUGCAGCUUCCCCGUGAGGGCCAGGAGGACCAGGGCCUGACCAAGGACUAUGGCAACUCGCCCCUGCACCGCUUCAAGAAGCCAGGCUCCAAGAACUUCCAGAACAUAUUCCCGCCCUCGGCCACCCUGCACCUCUCCAACAUCCCGCCCUCAGUGUCCGAGGAAGAUCUCAAGGUCCUCUUCUCCAGCAACGGGGGCGUCGUCAAAGGAUUCAAGUUCUUCCAGAAGGACCGCAAGAUGGCGCUAAUCCAGAUGGGCUCCGUGGAGGAGGCGGUCCAGGCCCUCAUUGACCUGCACAACCACGACCUCGGGGAGAGCCACCACCUGCGGGUCUCCUUCUCCAAGUCCACCAUCUAGGGGCACGAGUCCCCCAUGGCCGGGCCCCCUGGCGACAACUUCCAUCAUUCCAGAGAAAAGCCACUUUAAAAAGCAGCUGAAGUGACCUUAACAGACCAGAGAUUUUAUUUUUUUAAAGAGAAAUCAGUUUACCUGUUUUUAAAAAAAUUAAAUCUAGUUCACCUUGCUAACCUUGCGGUGACGGGUGACAGCUCAGGCUCUUGGUGACUGUGGCAGCGGGAGCUCCUGGCCCUCCACACCCGGGGCCAGACCCUCGGGCCGUGCCUUGGUGGGGCCUGUCGGGCAUGGGGCCUACGGGUGGACGCCCCAACCACGACUCGGCUUCCUUGUGCCUUAAAAAAAAAAAAAAACCUGCCUUCCUGCGGCCACGCACCCACCCUGGGUGUCCUGGGGUCCCAAGGGGCAGGGGUCACCCUUCAGAGAAAGGCAGGGGGCCCAGCAGGCUCCGGCAGGAUCACGUGCCUGGCGUGUGGCAGGCUGUGGCUGCCACACCCCAACCCCGCCCUCUAAUCAAGUGAUGUGAUUUUGCCCGCCCGCCCUGCCCACGGGACCUUCCCCUCUGCCCCAGGCGCUGGCCCAGGGUGCCCGCCGCUGCCUUCAGCUGCGGAGCUGUUCGUCAUAAUCUCUGUAUUAUAUACUUUGCAGUUGCAGACGUCUGUGCCUAGCAAUAUUUCCAGUUGACCAAAUAUUCUAAUCUUUUUUUCAUUUAUAUGCAAAAGAAAUAGUUUUAAGUAACUUUUUAUAGCAAGAUGAUACAAUGGUAUGAGUGUAAUCUAAACUUUCUCGUGGUAUUACCUUGUAUGCUGUUUUAUUUUAUUCCUUGUCAUUCAGUCACAGGCGGGACCCAGUUUCCAGAGAGCAGGCGGGGCCGCCCGGCGGGUCGGGCUCGGGGAGCCCUGGUCCGAUCUGAGCCCCGAGCUUCAGGGAAGGGGCGGGCGCGCCGCCGCCUCUGGCAUCGCCGCCGGUUGCCUUACACCACGCCUUCACCUGCAGUCGCCUAGAAAACGUGCUCUCAGACUUCUUCAGGGUUUUUUUCCUUCAAAUUUUGGACCAAAGUCUCAUUUCUGUUUUUUUGCCUGUCUCUGAUGCUGGGACCCGGGAGGCAGGCGCUGGUCUCGACUUCGCUGUGCUCGUCCCCCGCCCCCGCGCGGCCUGUCCCGGGGGCUCCCGGGAUCCCCCUUUCCGUCGAGGAGAGUGGAACGAGGGUGUAAAUAUUUAUAAUUUUUUAUACCUGUUGUGCGACACGAGGGGCGGCGCGCGGUUUUUUACGGAGACGCGGAUGUAUAUUUUGCUAGCGGCAGUUCCAGGCUCAGUAUUGACCGCGGAGCCGCGGGGACCCCACGCACAUUCCGCUGCCGCCCCGCGGGCUCGACGCGGACAGACCCGACGAGAACCGUUUUGUGGCCCGCGUCCGCCGCAGAGGCGGGUCGGCCGGUCUGUACCUGGACUCUGAAUAAACGUCUUCUGUAUCCUC